AAAACCAGCAGUUUUUUCCUGGAUUCAUUUCUUGAUGACAAGCUGUUCAAACACAGAGCACCUAUCAAACCUAGUAUUAUCAUCUGCUGCUUUUUUCUUCUAGUAGACACUGCUGUCCAUCAGAAGAAAUAAUUAAUGGGUCUAUUAUGUAUGAGAGCGUCAUCCUGUCAGCUCAGUGACUAGUUUGAAUAGCUCAUAUCUGCUACUCAUUGAUGCCAUGCGUGCUCACUGUCCUGAGAGAUGACAAAACACUACACCCUUUGGGAUUUUUUUCCCCCUCUGUUCUAAAGCAGCAUUUCACAUCUGUGUCUGACAGAAGCAUAAGGAGCUGAGAGAGGCAGACUUCAUCAUCUUUCACAGAUUAAUGUCGCAUGGGUUAAAAGUUAAGAUCUGAUGUCUACUGAUGCUGCUAUUUCCUACAAAAAUCUAAAAUGUGGAGGCUACCAAAACGUGUAGGGAAAUAACUUUUCAGGGUUGGAGUAGCUACAGAGAACAGAUGGAAUUUACUGGAUACUAAAUCUUUACAUGAUUUUUAAAUGGUUGCUGAGUUAAUUGGGGUCAGUGCAUUUGUCUUUUUUUUCUUUCCCCCCCUUUUUAGGGGGGGCAGAGAAGAUGCAAAGUUUACAGGUUCUUUUCUGUUACCUGGCUAGGGCAGAAUAAACAAAGAUGCUGAAUGUGGAAGAAAGCAGAUAUUGGAGAUAUCUGGAAAUAAACUGGAAACAACCAAUACCACAAGACGAAGCAGCAGUGAACAACAAGACGCUGUGGAAAAAGAAAUCACAAGACGAGAGUGCACAAUGCAUUUCAAAUAGAAAAAAGCUUCCUCUCUGCUGAGUGAGUCUCAGUAUAUUCUGACAGAGCACAGAUAAAGCUUCAAUCAAGUAUCUCCUACCUGUUUCCAGAAGAAUAUUUUCUUGUACAGAAAGCAAUACGCAACAGUGCUAAGAUCCCAAUGACAAUACACCAAGAACAAGAAUGGAAGUAAAUUUAUUCAGCAAUUCCACUGUUGUAAACAGUUCAUCCAUCAACCAUAAGCAGUUAGAAGGGCAUAGCCUCUGGGAAGUCAUUACUAUUGCUACUGUAACAGCAAUUGUAAGCUUAAUAACCAUAGUGGGAAAUAUUCUUGUAAUGAUAUCCUUCAAGGUUAACAGUCAGCUCAAAACUGUCAACAAUUAUUACUUGCUCAGCCUCGCCUGUGCAGAUCUCAUCAUUGGAAUAUUUUCCAUGAACCUUUAUACAUCUUAUAUACUCAUAGGCCACUGGUCUCUUGGAAGCCUUGCCUGUGACCUGUGGCUAGCACUGGACUAUGUAGCUAGUAAUGCCUCAGUAAUGAACCUCCUAGUCAUCAGUUUUGACAGAUAUUUUUCCAUCACAAGGCCUUUAACGUACAGGGCCAAGCGCACACCUAAAAGAGCUGGAAUCAUGAUUGGCCUGGCCUGGCUAAUUUCCUUCGUGUUGUGGGCACCUGUAAUCUUGUGCUGGCAGUAUUUUGUGGGUGAACGAACAGUACCACCUGAGGAGUGCCAGAUACAGUUUUUAUACGAGCCCAUUGUCACCUUUGGUACUGCAAUUGCUGCUUUUUACAUUCCAGUGUCCGUGAUGACCAUUCUGUAUUGCCGCAUCUAUAAAGAGACAGAGAAACGUACCAAGGACCUUGCUGAACUGCAGGGUUCAGAGUCUGUGGCAGAGUUUGAGAUGAUAAAGCCUCAGAAAGCUUUCCUGAAGUCUUGCUUCAGUUGCAAGCAGCAAAACGUAACCAAAAGAGAGAGGUGUCAAGCUUCCUGGUCUUCAUCUAGUCGAAGUACGUCAGCUACGGUGAAAGCCUCUCAGGCAACAAGUACUUGUAACGACUGGGCUAAGGCUGACCAGUUAACCACCUGCAGCAGCUAUGCCUCUUCAGAAGAGGAGGAUAAACUCACUGCUGAUUCCGUUUUCCAAGUAACUUACAAAAGUCCAUCUAAAGGUAAGGCAGAAGAGUUUAAUGACAGUACAGAUGUUGUUGUCAAAGACCAACCUGAAGAAAAUGAUUUUGAGAAUCAGAAAUACUUUUUGUCUCCUGCCAAAGGCCACGUACAAAAAAGUAAAAAAUGUGUGGCCUAUAAAUUCCGGUUGGUGGUUAAGGCUGAUGGCAGCCAAGAAGCCAACAAUGGUUGCCGUAAAGUAAAAAUAACUCCUUGUUCUGCUGCUCUGUCGAAGGAUCCUUCCAUCAAAAGCAUGGAUCCAAAUAUAAAUAACCAAAUAACCAAAAGGAAACGGAUGGUUCUUAUAAAGGAACGCAAAGCAGCACAGACUUUAAGUGCCAUUCUUUUGGCUUUUAUCAUCACAUGGACUCCCUACAAUAUCAUGGUUUUGAUCUCCACAUUCUGCUCUGACUGCAUUCCCCUGACACUGUGGCACCUUGGAUAUUGGCUAUGCUAUGUGAACAGCACUGUUAACCCCAUGUGUUAUGCCCUCUGUAACAAAACUUUCAGGAAAACUUUUAAGAUGCUGCUUUUCUGCCAGUGGAAAAAGAAAAAAGUGGAAGAAAAACUGUACUGGCAGGGCAAUACCAGACUGCCAUAAUUACUCUUAUAUAAGGGGUAAGAGGGAAAAUAGAUCUUGAUGUAUCCUAGUAAACUGACUGCAAUUGUGUCUUUUCAAAGCUGUUGCUUUCUAUGUCUAGGGGUUAAAUAAUCUGCAGAAAAGUAAAAUUUUGCAUGAAAGUUGUGUGCUUGGGAUAAAGAAGUCAGUGGCUGCUGUGAGCAGCACAGGGUAUUUGUGAUUAUGCAGUAGAUCUUCAUUAAAGCUAUUAUGUUUGGGAUCUUCUGUCCUUUCAGCAUGAGAAAGUGUAGAGGAAAUUAUAAACUACUAGAAACUAGAGGGGGAUGGUCAUCCAGUCGUCAGGUCAGGUCACCCAGUCUAUCUCCUUGUAGUGCAGAAACUGUUUCUUCCUAUAGUUCAUUUCUUCCUUUCCAGUGUAUUGUCUAUUUAGUUUUCAAGGUACCAAUCAAUGGAGCUUGCACAACUUCUGGUUUGAGACUUUUCCACCUGCUGUUGGAAUGAAACAAGGACUAUUUAAAGGGGGAAAUGCUGCACCCAAUACUAAAUGUUCAGGGAGAUUCAUAAUACUCCAAAUGAACAUAUAUUAUAGGAGAAUGUAAUACUGAGAAAAUUUCAACUUUAAGGAUGACUUUUCUGAAUACAUAGGAAGGGCUCAUAGUCGAGGAAAUAGAUAAUGUAUUUUCUAUGUGAAGAAGCCAAUCCCAAUCUCAAUUCCAUCAUGCAAGUCACUGUCAUCUGUAAAAAAUGGUGAUGUUUAGCAGGUACCUCUGAAGUUCUCCAUUUCCCAAUGCCUCUGAAGGAAAUCUUAAAAUUUUAUGCUAUAGUGACAAUGGUACAAAUCAGAACUGACUGUAAAGCUUAAUGGAUAUAGUCUAUCUACUUUACAACAUAAGGGAAGUCUUUUUUUUGCAAUCAUCUCCUCUGUUGUGCUUCUCCUUGCUCCAGAAGUUUCCAUUGAUGGAGUAAUCCAGAACAAGAGAAAAAUACGUAUUGAUAACCUGUGCACUUACCUAUAUGUUAUGGAUUAUUAAAAACAGUGACAGAAUUGGCAUUUCUGAAAGAACAAAGAUUUUUAAAGUAAUUUUUAAAUAUUUCUACAAAACUAUUAAGGAAACUUUGCAUUUCCAUAGCAUUUUUUGUCUUAAAAUAGUUUUAUAAAUGCUAAUUAACAGUAGGUGUUUGGAAAUAUAGUUUAUCUCCAGCCACUGUCUUCUAGUCCAGCAGAACCAUAUCUGCUAUAGUACUGGGGCCUGGAGUCAACCUCUUUGAUGGCUGUGGCUUCUGGGACUGGGCUGUACUGGCCUAGUUACAAUAAGCUGAGACUCUGGCCCACUACCUGAAGUUUGCCAGGGCGUUGGGUAUGUGCUGAGGACACUUCUGUGGCAGGGGUGAACUGCACGUGCCUGCCUGAGGUCUGUGUUAGGUUGGCAGGAGCCCUGCAACAUUGACUGAAUGCCUGAGCGAGGGGCUGCCUUCAGCAGAAGGCCAUUGGAACAGAGCUGGUGACCUGGCUCUUUGUGGUGGAAACAAAUGUGAAGCCUCAGAAAAGUUCACAAGAAAACAAAGUUGUCAGUGACAGGAGUCGUAAGGAGUCAAGUCCUAAAGUAAACAAAUGUUUAUAAGUAAAUGAGAAAGAUCUCAAUGUACGCAAAAUUCAGAUUCAGCUCUAGCCUUUCUAAUUUUUUCUAAAAUUUAGCAUGAGAUGCUCUGGCAUAUAAGUUUGGGCCAAUCUUCAUAUUAUGUCUGCUUAGAUGCGCUAGUGGGACACUGCAGUGGUGACAUGACCCAGUUGCACAUUUCAGGGAUUGUAUUAGUCAUCUUGAAUGUACCAUUGCUCUCAGUGAAAUUGUGGCAUAAUUAUUAAAUUAUCAUACCAUCACAAUAUUUCCCUACAGAUACGUAAUUCCUCCAUGUCAACAACCACAGUACAAGUAAUUAAUAUUUUUUAUCUCCAAUCUCCAGACGGUAAAGUUGUGUCAGUGAAAGAUUAGCACUGCAGUAGUGUAAAAAUAUGUUCUCUAAAUUCACAUGACUGAUUUUGUAACACACCAUACUGUGCCUAUUAUUUUUUGCACAUUAGCAUAUGAUUGAUUAAAGGAAACUAUGGGUCUUUAUAAAGACCCUUUCAUCAAAUUUCCUCUCUCACUAUCCAGAGCUUUUCUUGUGUACAGUAACUAUGUACAAGUUGGUUAUUAUAGUGGGUUUAUUUUAUAUUACAUUGGAUCAGGCAUUCAGUAAACUGUGUUUGAUUUUUAGCAAAUGAAUGUGUCCCUCUGCGGCACAAGCUGUAGUUAAAGGCAAAAUUUAUGAGGUAGUAACAGUUCCUGCUAGCUGCGGUGUUGUUGCUAGAGUAAAGCAUUGGCUUCUACUGAAAUUAAAUGGGAUAUUUUUUGUUGGUUUUGGCUUCUCUUGAACUAGAGUGUCCUGUAAAUGUUUCUGGACUCUGUGCUGAGUAAAUAUAUUAGAAUACAUGGUGAUGGAUGCAACAAUGUUGGCUCAAUGUAGUUGUGACAUACGUGCUCAAACUGUGCUGCCAGCACUUCACCGCGUGAGACGUUACAUGGCCAAACAUGGGUACAUUGUAAAUACCUGGGAUUACAUAAAGAGGUGUGUGUUGCUUAAUUGUUACAUAGGGUGUUUAUUCUUAAAAAAAAAAUCAAUACCACAAAAAGAAAAACGCUAUCCUCAUCAGAGAAACAAUUAGUACUUAAUUAUAUUUUGUUUUCGAAUUAUAUUUCAUUCAUUUAAAAAGUGCUGUGGGACUUUUACAGUGUAAAACAAUCUUGUUAUCUGUAUUUCUGUCCUUUUAAUGAACCUUUUACUGAUCUUGUAAUUGACUAUGGUCUCAGUCAUGGAUUUGUGAAAAGAUCUUUUUUUGUAAAAUUACAAGUUAUUUAUACAUAAUUACAUACACAUACAUAUAUAGAGAUAUGUUUGUCUGUAUUAUCAAUAUAGAUGCAUAAAUAUACAUCCCUAACUAAGCUUUUCAGAGACGCAGCAUACUUUAGUAUUUUUGAAUAUUGAAUUUUCCCACAAAUUGGGGGUAUCAUUUUUUGUCUCUCCCUUUUCAUACAUAUGAGCCUCCCUAUAUAUUCCAGAUCCUCAUAAAUUAUCAAAUAACACAAAUCUUCUGUAAAUAUAAUUUAAGUUUGUAGGUAAAUACUAGGAAGAGUUCUCAGAAUUUUGAAACGGGUAUAGAACACCUAGUUACAGUUGUGCAUUUUUUGUGACUACUUAACAUGGAGUGAAGAGCUUUGCAAAGGAUGGAAAGUCAAGAUAGAAUUAAAACGCAGUGGUUUCCUUUAUAGAAAAAUCCUGUUGAAUUGAGGAAGGAUGAAAUCAAAGGGGUGAUAGAGAAAAUACCAUAAGAACCUGUAAAAUAUGAUAGAGCAUAUUUUGCCAUUAAUUGUAUAAUUCAAUUGCUAAUCAUGCUUAACCUACUCAACUAUGCAUGUCAAUUAGUAACUGCUAUUAACUGUUGAAAGAUAUUUUUAUAUGAGGAUUUUUGUUCCUCUUGGCUGAGUUUCUGUAAUCGAAAUAUUCAAGAGAACAUACAAGAUAUUCUAACUAUUAUCCUGAAAUUUUGUAUAACACAGCAAUGAAAACUCUUCAGCUGUCAUACAGCUAUCCAAUAACAUAGAAAUGUGUGAAGUAACCCAAACAGCUGUAAAAGAAAUCAAGGUCU